GUAUUUCCAGAGGCUACUCAUUGUUGUUGUGCAUAUCACUUGUCUCGGAACAUAAUAUCAAAUUACAAAGUAAACUUUGAAGCAGUAAAAAGAGCAUUUUUUGGAGCAGCAUAUGCAUACACAUUGGAUGAUUUUAAUCAUCACAUGGAAAUUGUGUAUAAAGCAAACAAAGGAGCAAGGACAUAUUUGACAAAUAUUAGAUUUGAAAAAUGGUCUCGAAUCCAUUGUAAGUCAAAUAGAUUUCUAGUGAUGACAUCUAAUGUUGCCGAGUCAAUAAAUUCCGCUUUGAAGGCUGCACGAGAUCUUCAUAUAACAGUUUUAUUGGAUAGCGUACGUGGAAUGCAACAAAAAUGGAAUUUGAGGAAUCAGAAAGAAGCUGAAUGCACUUUUACGAAGCUCGCAAAGUUGGGCCAAAAAAUGCUUGAAGAAAAUUAUCAAGAGUCGAUGAGGUUCACAGUAAGU